GAGGGCGCUCGUUUUAGUGAAUUGGUCCCUUUUUUCAAGCAUGGCGGUCGUAGUGAAGAUGCAUCCUGUAGUUCUAGCGUCCAUUGUGGAUAGUUUUGAACGUCGUAACGAAGGCAGUAGCCGUGUUAUUGGAACUCUUCUCGGAACGGUUGACAAGCAGUCAGUUGAGGUUACAAACUGCUUCUCUGUUCCCCACAAUGAAUCUGAAGAUGAGGUUGCCGUUGACAUGGAGUUUGCAAAGAACAUGUACGAACUGCACAAAAAGGUUUCACCAAGUGAGGUUAUUGUGGGCUGGUAUGCCACUGGCCAUGACAUCACUGAGCACUCUGUCCUCAUCCAUGAGUACUACAGUCGAGAAGCACAGAACCCUAUCCACUUAACUGUAGAUGCAAUGAUGCAAACUGGACGUAUGGCUAUCAAGGCAUAUGUGAGUGCACCGAUGGGUAUCCCUGGAAAGACUAUGGGUGUGAUGUUCACACCACUGACCGUAAAGUAUGUGUACUAUGACACUGAGCGAAUUGGAGUGGAUCUAAUCAUGAAAACCUGUUUCAAUCAAUCAAGGGUGGUUGGUGUCUCCUCUGACCUACAGCAGGUGGGAUCAGCAGCUUCUCGAAUCCAGGACAUGCUGAGCAUUGUAUUGCAGUAUGCAGAGGAUGUGCUGUCUGGUAAAGUAGCAGCUGAUAAUACUGUGGGUCGUUUCCUGAUGAACCUCAUCAACCAGGUGCCGAAAAUAUUACCAGAGGAUUUCGAAGCCAUGCUGAAUAGCAACAUCAAUGACCUGCUGAUGGUGACGUACCUUGCCAACUUGACUCAAGCACAGAUUUCACUGAAUGAAAAGCUUGUUGGUUUGUCCUGAGCAGUAUGGAUUGGUAGCUGUGGACUGUAAUGCUAAUGUAUAAUUUUAAAAUUUAUAUCUGAAACAAUAUUUUGACUUCUUGCCCAGUACAAAGUCUAGAGUGACGCUUGAUUUCACACUGCAGUUUACACUUUGGAUCUUGUAAAGAUGCUGGGGAUUUUUUGAUGGCAUUAGUAGUGUUCCUAGUCAGAUUAAGAAGCUUUGAUUUACCAAAGGUGACCGACUACAGCUUGAAGAACGGUAUAGUUAAGACUUACUUACAGAUUUCAUUGCAAUAACAUUGGCACAUUCCACUCUUCAGGAAAAACUGCUUCUGUGAGCAAUUCAAAGUUGAAUUUGUCUGUUUUAAUAUUCCAGGUUUUGAUUCUAAAGAAUGGUUUGAAAGUUUAUGGAGUUCAUGUUCUGAAAUAAAGAUAUUACUGGAAA